UAAUUUAUUGGAGGAUUUAAAAGUUAUUUUCUAUUUAGGGUUAGAGGGCUGAGUCAUGUAUCUAAUUUCAUUGAUUCAAUUGCUUGAACAAGGGUUUUCUACUUUGAUUGUGUAAUGCGAGGCGAACAAUUUUGUGAGUUGAAAACUUGUGCGAGUUAUGACUAUGACUACGCGCCUUCGAAACUGACUUCGUGGGGAUUCCAGCUCGCAUAUUUGAUCAAAGGAAGAGGUUCUGUGGCUUAGAAAUAGUCCCCAAUGGUGGUCUCCGUCCAACCGCCGAGUCAACUGCAGGGGAUGGCUGGUUUAUGGGACAGUGUGUUGGAGCUUACGAAGUCGGCGCAGGACAAGAACUGCGAUCCACUGCUCUGGGCGGUUCAGUUGAGCUCCAGCCUCAAUUCUGCUGGCGUUUCCUUGCCGUCAAUCGAGCUCGCCCAGCUCUUGGUCUCCCAUAUUUGUUGGGACAAUCAUGUGCCUAUCAUGUGGAAGUUCCUUGAGAAGGCAAUGACUGCGAAAAUCGUUCCUCCCCUGCUGGUUGUUGCUCUUCUUUCUACGAGGGCAAUUCCGUAUAGAAAGCUCCGACCUGCAGCAUACAGACUUUACCUGGAACUUCUCAGCCGACAUGUCUUUUCAUCAACAUCGCAAAUCAACGGACCCAAUUAUCAAAGGAUCAUGCAAACCAUCGAUGAUGUCCUUCAUUUGUCCCAGAUAUUCAGUCUCCAAGCAUGUGAACCUGGGCUACUUAUGGUUGAAUUAUUCUUUUCAAUUGUGUGGCAGUUACUUGAUGCAUCAUUGGAUGAUGAAGGAUUGCUGGUACUUCCUGCAGAAGAGAGAUCAGCCUGGUUAAUCAGGCCACAACCACAUGAUAUGGAACUAGAUGUUCAUGAUUCUUUCAGUGAGAAGAGAACUGAGAACAGUGAAAGUUUGCUUAAAGUAAACACGGCAAAGGCUAUCGAGAUAAUUGGACAGUUUCUGCAAAAUAAAAAAACUGCAAGGAUUUUGUACUUGGCCCAUCGAAAUAUGCCAUUGCACUGGGCAGGUUUUGCUCAGCGGUUACAACUACUUGCAGCAAACUCAGCAGUUUUGAGGAACACAAAGCUAAUAACUCCAGAGGUCCUUCUGCACUGGACAUCUGAUAAACAUAGGCUUUUAUCACGAGAAGGAAAAACAUCUCAGCAGGAGUUUCGUAAUGUAAUGGCUUCUGGGUCACUAUUUUCUUCCGCCGGUCAAUCUCAUGGUGUUAAUUGGUCCACAUUGUGGCUUCCCAUUGAUUUGUUCCUGGAAGAUGCCAUGGAUGGAUCACAAGUUCUGGCAACUAGUGCUGUUGAGCGUCUUAUUUGUUUGAUUAAAUCUUUGCAGGCAGUUAAUGAUACCUCCUGGCACAACACUUUUAUGGGUUUGUGGAUUGCAGCCUUGCGACUUAUUCAAAGGGAAAGGGAUCCUAGUGAGGGUCCUGUACCUCGUUUGGAUACAUGCUUGUGCAUGUUGUUGUCUAUUACAACCCUAGCAGUCACCAUUAUAAUUGAAGAAGAUGAAGGUGAACUGAAGGAGGAGGAUGAAUGCAGCCCAAGUAAAGGCAGAGAUGAGAAGAAGUGUUCAGGAAAGUGCCGCAAAGGUUUGAUUACGAGCCUGCAGAUGUUGGGUGAAUAUGAGGGCUUGUUGACUCCUCCUCAAUCCGUUACUGCAAUAGCCAAUCAAGCUGCUGCAAAAGCAGUAAUGUUCAUAUCAGGGGUUGCAGUUGGCAACGAGUACUAUGACUGUGUUAGUAUGAAUGACACGCCAGUUAAUUGUUCUGGAAAUAUGCGUCAUCUAAUUGUUGAGGCUUGUAUUUCUAGGAACCUUCUAGAUACAUCAGUAUAUUUUUGGCCAGGCUACGUGAAUGCACGCAGCAGUCAAGUGCCUCGUAGUGCAUCUGGUCAGGUUGUUGGUUGGUCAUCAUUCAUGAAAGGAUCCUCUCUAACUCUGUCAAUGGUGGAUGCUUUAGUGGCCACUCCAGCUUCUAGCUUAGCAGAGAUUGAGAAGAUCUAUGAGAUUGCAGUCAAUGGUUCAGGUGACGAGAAGAUCUCUGCAGCUUCCAUUUUGUGUGGGGAAUCACUUGUUCGUGGUUGGAAUCUACAGGAACACACCGUUCUAUUUAUUGCCAGAUUAUUAUCGCCCCCAAUUCCUGCAGAUUACUCUGGCAGUGAUAGCUAUUUGAUCGACUACGCCCCAUUUCUGAAUGUUCUACUGGUUGGAAUAUCAUCAGUUGAUUGUGUGCAGAUUUUUUCCUUGCAUGGCAUGGUUCCUCUGCUUGCAGGUCAAUUAAUGCCAAUCUGCGAAGCUUUUGGAUUAAGUCCGCCAAAGUCAUGGGUCCUUACAUCUGGGGAAGAGCUUACUUGUCAUGCAGUAUUCUCCUUGGCAUUUACACUUCUGCUAAGGUUGUGGCGGUUUCAUCACCCACCUGUUGAAAAUGUGAAGAGAGAUGCACGACCUGUGGGAUCUCAACUAACUCCUGAAUAUCUGCUAUUGGUUCGAAAUUCUCAGUUGGCAUCUUUUGGAAAGUCGCCCAAGGAUAGAUUUAAAGUCAGACGGCUGUCAAAACUUUUGAAAUUUUCUUUAGAACCUAUAUUCAUGGAUUCAUUUCCAAAAUUGAAGGGCUGGUACCGGCAACAUCAAGAAUGCAUUGCUUCCAUUCUCUCGACUCAAAGACCUUGCUGAUUUCCUACCUGCAUCAUUUGCUACUAUUGUGAGCUACUUUUCAGCUGAAGUUACACGGGGUAUAUGGAAGCCAGCAUUUAUGAAUGGAACUGAUUGGCCUAGUCCUGCUGCAACCUUGUCCAUCGUUGAGCAGCAGAUAAAAAAAAUUCUUGCUGCAACUGGUGUUGAUGUCCCUAGUCUUGCUGUAGGUGGGAAUUCUCCAGCUAUGCUUCCUUUACCAUUGGCUGCCCUAAUAAGCCUCACAAUAACUUAUAAACUGGAUAAAGCCUCUGAACGACUUCUUGCCCUUGUUGGCCCAGCGCUGAACACCCUUGCUGCUAGUUGUUCGUGGCCAUGCACACCUAUUAUAGCCUCAUUAUGGGCUCAGAAGGUGAAGCGAUGGAAUGACUUCCUUGUUUUCUCUGCCUCUCGCACUGUUUUUCACCAUAAUAGUGAUGCUGUUGUCCAGCUGCUUAAGAGUUGUUUCACUUCAACUCUCGGUUUAGGAAACUCCAAUUUAAACAGUAAUGGAGGUGUAGGCACGCUCCUUGGUCAUGGUUUUGGCUCUCACGUCUUAGGAGGGAUGUCUCCAGUUGCUCCUGGUAUUCUCUAUCUGCGAGUGCAUCGAUCGGUGAGAGAUGCUUUGUUCAUGGUGGAGGAGAUCGUGUCUCUUCUAAUGCUCUCUGUCAGAGAUAUUGCAGUUAGCGGGUUACCAAGGGAGAAAGCUGAAAAACUAAAGAAGACCAAACAUGGAAUGCGAUAUGAACAGGUUUCUUUUGCUUCAGCAAUGUCACGUGUCAAGCUUGCAGCUUCCCUAGGAGCUUCAUUAGUUUGGAUAUCCGGUGGAUCAGGUUUAGUCCAAUCUUUGUUUAAAGAAACCUUGCCGUCAUGGUUUUUGUCGGUCCAUUCACUGGAGCGUGAAGGUGUAGAAUAUGGAGGCAUGGUUGCUGUGCUUGGGGGUUAUGCACUUGCAUUCUUUUCAGUUCUUUGUGGAACGUUUUCGUGGGGUAUAGACUCGGUAUCUUCAGCAUCGAAGAGGCGGGCAAAGAUUCUAGAUUCCCACCUUGAGUUUCUUGCGAGUGCCCUAGAUGGAAAAUUUUCAAUUGGGUGUGAUUGGGCUACUUGGCGGGCUUAUGUUUCAGGGUUUGUGAGCUUGAUGGUGCGUUGUGCACCGAAGUGGGUGGUGGAGGUGGACGUGAACAUCUUGAAGAGGUUGAGCAACGGAUUAAGGCAGUUGAGCGAGGAAGAAUUGGCUCUUGCCUUGCUGGAAAGUGGUGGGGUGACUGCAAUGGGUGCAGCAGCUGAACUCAUCAUUGAAGGUGGCUUUUAAGUGUUGUCUUGGGCAUUGAACUCAUCAACUGAAUCAGUGAAUACAAUUUUUGUUUAGAAAUAACUCAACCUUCAACUGACGUAGGUUUCUCUUAGCAUCAUAGUCCCAUGUUAUGUAACUUUGAUGUAACACAGAUGGGUUCGUGCUGCUGCUGUACAUAACCAUAUCAGACACUGUUUUUGCUAAAAAUCAGGGGAUUUUUUUUUCUUUUUUUGAGUACAACAAGUUCUCAUGACCUCUGGGUCAAAGAUAGAUAUCAAUUAUCGUUAAGUUAA